AUUGAGCAUUAAUCGUAGGCGAAAGACCUUUUUCUUUGGCCUAAAACACUAUCCCAUUCAAUAUCGUUCGUUCAGUGCCAUGAAUUUUAGCUUGAAAACGGAGAAAUCCUAUGAUGUGGAUUACAGACCUAAACUUGUCGGUUGGAAGGACAAGAAAAAAAGGAAAAAAGCAAGAGAAACGCCGACGUCGUCAUUUUUGAAAAAAGCUCAAAAGGAGUUACCAACUGCUUUUUAUAAACCACUGCAGAUAGUUAUAAAAAGAUUAUUCUCAGAACUUUCAGAAUCUGAACGCCUACGUCUUAUUGAACAAGCCAUUGAACUGUGUGGAAGCAAAUUUGAGCUCAUUUACUCUCUUAAUAACUUUUUACCUGAGAAUUAUGUAGUAACUAUUCAGAGAAGGGGAGUAGUCCUUCGCUUAUGUGACGGAGGAAAUGGUCAAUCCCUUUACAGAAGUGAACAUCUCCGCUUCAUUAAAAGGAUGAAGAGUCUAUUACCACCUUCUGUAUUUAAUUUAGCCAUUGAGCAACUCGAUAUUAUUAUAAAGCCUCCUUUGGAUUGUCGCAUUUGUGCAAUAGAGAAAGUGAUCUCAAUUUUGAGCCCAUUUAAAGAUCUAGCUUUGGAAGUAAACAGUUUUCUACCAGCGACCUAUAAAAUCAAAAAAGUUGGUAGAGCAACUUUUAUUUUUACUCAUCCACCUAGAAUGGGAUCUGGCGUUACAACUGAUUAUUAUGCUGAUUCAUGCCAUACUGACACACACUAUGAAUGA